AUGAGCCAUGUCUGGAUGGUAACGUGCGCAAACGCCUUAAGUAAAGCUAAGCUUGUAAACAAAAUGGAGCUUACCGUGAAGGGACGCAGAUGCCUCAUAAUCGAUCCCGACACCAGAGAUGUAAAGCUGAAACUUCUCUGGUUACCUGUACACAUGGAAAACCAGAGAAUCGAAGAGGCACUGGCGCCUUUUGGCACGGUCCGUUCCAUUGUACGAGAAAAAUGGAAGUUCUCUGGAAUGGAGCAAAUGGAAACGCUCAACAAAGAGGUGACCCUGACACUUAGAGCAGGAAUGAAUGCAACGAAUAUUCCACAUCAGCUCACGGUCUUCGGCUGUCAAAGCCUGGUGCUCGUCCCUGGUCGGCCACCGCUGUGUCUUCGGUGUAACAGAAUUGGUCACAUCCGUCGUGAGUGCAGAGUCCCGAGAUGCGGCGAGUGCCGACGCUACGGACACGACGCGAGUGAGUGCGUCACCACCUACGCAGACAAGCUGAGGCAGUCGAGAAGCCUAACAGACGAUGUUGUUCACGAUCAUCUUAUGGACAUCAGCGAAGUCGUUGAUGCCACAGGGGACAUCGCCUCUUCCCUUAUCAAGACACAAAGGACCGAGUCGGAAACGUCUACACAGCGACCAGAAGAACUUCGUUCUGACCCCGAGUCUGCCAGCACCUUGCCAGGACUGUCAACACCAGCCGAGUGUGUCACGGAAACGCAGAGAGAUUGGUCGGAUAGCGAGUUUCCAUCCCUUAACGCACCACCUGAGUUACCGUGCCAGCAAGCAAUUGCCCGACGCGAACGCGCCACGACGUCCACUGGCACAUCGGUGAAACGACCUGCUCCUAAACGACAAGUAAUGCGCAGCCCUCCGCCUCAGGUAUUAUUGCCGAGAGCAAGAACGACGAGGGAAGUGAGGUGA